UGAUGGGAAUUGUAGUCUCAAAACAUCUGGAGGGCUGAGUUUGCCUAUGCCUGAACUAGAGAGACCAGAGGUCUGUCUUUGUGUAAGGAGCCUUCCUGAGUUCUGCUGUUUCCCAGGCCGCUUCAGUGCCAUUUUCUUGUCUCUCUCUAAACCCAUUUCAGUGCAUGUUUCUGAACAAAGGAGGCAUUCUAAUCAGUGUUAGUUAUUAGAAGCACGGAUACAAAGGGUUUUAGCUAUGUCGGUUCCCUACUGAGUCAUACAGACUAUGAUCCUGUAAAUGUGACCUUGGAAAACUGAAGCUCAGGACCAUUCUCAUCCAACAUCUUGCUAGUAGUGGGAUAUUGCUAUGCGGAUGACCAUUACCUUGUAUUUUUGUAGUUUGGAUAUAGGCCACCAUGGCAACAGCAUUCAGCAGUGAUGGUGCUGAGGUUAUGCAGAGGGCUGUGAUUCCUGCAGAAGCAAGUGGACGUCCCCCAACCACCAGGCUGGAAGAGUUCUAUGAAUUGGAGAGAGCAGCUGCAUUUGUAUCUGAUAAUGGCUUCACUAAGGUUGCUCUUCAGUUCCCCGAUGAACUCUUGCCAGAUUCAGCAAGCCUUGCUAGCAAGAUGGAAGCAGCAACUGGCGCCAAAAUGUACAUUCUGGGGGACACAUCAUACGGCAGCUGUUGCGUGGAUGAAGUGGCAGCAGAGCACGUGGACGCUGAGGCUGUGGUGCACUACGGCCCUGCCUGUUUGAGUCCCUGCCGCAAGCUGCCCGUGCUCCAUGUGUUUGGACGCAAACAGCUAGACGUGGCACGCUGCACAGAAGUCUUCCGGGAGUUGUAUCCAGACCCACUAGCUCAUGUGGUUGUGCUGAAUGAAGUGGCCUAUUUUCAUUCUCUUGAUAACCUGGCCUCUCAGCUGCACCCCAUUUAUCCCAAUGUAGUUUUCUCUCAACUGGAUAACAAGGAACUCCAGCCAGUUCCCGGGCUGGUGCAGAAAUUUGGGCGGCACUUUGUAGUGGACAGUCAGCAUGGUCUUGACAACUACACCAUGUUCUACGUGGGUUGUGAAGGCCCAGAACUCACAAACUUCAUGCUGAGCUGGAACCGGUGCCCCUUCAGCUCCUUUAAUCCUCAGACAGGACAAGGCCGACGGGAAACAUUGGAUGUGAACCGGGCUCUGAGGCGACGGCUCUAUCUAGUGGAGCGGGCACGGGAUGCCCAAGUAGUGGGCAUUGUGGUGGGCACUCUUGGUGUGGCAGACUACUUGUCUGUUCUGGAGCAUCUGCGAGGAAUCAUUCAGCAGGCAGGCAAACGGGCCUAUACCUUGGCUGUGGGUAAACCCAACCCUGCAAAGCUGGCAAACUUUCUAGAGGUGGACAUUUUUGUGUUGGUAGCCUGCCCACAGAACUCUCUGCUUGAUUCAGCUGACUUCUACCGGCCUGUGGUCACACCCUACGAGCUGGAGAUGGCAUGCAAUCCAGCACGGACCUGGACAGGCAGCUAUGUCACAGAUUUCCGUCACCUCCUACCAGGAGCAUGUGAACACACCCCUUUCCCAAACAAGGUUUCAGAGGCUGACAGUGAACCCAGCAUUUCACUCAUCACCGGCGAGCUACGCUCAACUUGUCUUUAUACAGCACCGGACCCAGAGCCAAGCUGUGGCACUUCUGUGACCUGCCGCAGCUAUAUGCAUAUAGCUGAGAGUAGCCCAGCAGCCUCAUUUUUGGAGUCACGAAGCUGGCGGGGGCUGGAGCAGCAGCUGGGGCAGUCAGCAGUCACAAAAGCUGUGGCUGGACGGCGGGGGAUUGCCAUUGCAUAUGAAGAUGAGCCUUCUGGAUGACAGUACCAGCCGGGCCAAGCUGAGAAAAAGCUGCCUUCCCUUUCUGCAUCUAGAUAAGAUAACCAAACAUGGCUUUUAUUAUAACAUUCCUCCUCCUACCCACAACUAGAUACACGUAUAAGGCAAGGAAUAUCACUUUCCCUGACCUGGACAUUUCUCUUGGUGGAUGGACAGAUCAACAUUUUAACUGGCUGACAUCUACAAUACAGUAGUUUCCCCAAAUGGUGUUUUUUAUGUUAGAAGCUAAGUAAACCUGUUCUUCUCACUGUGCUCUCAAUUGUGCUGGGGUUUAUCUGUGCACAUAAAGCAGCCCUGGGCCAAGAGUGGCAGCACAGUAGACUUGGGGUUCUGUUGGGGGAACAGAGGUGUGUAAGAGGUCCAAAAAGUGAAGAAAGAGACCACCGCAUAGCAAUAGCUUAAGAGUUAUAGACAGAAAGGCUAAGAUAGACAGGAGUGGGGCAAGGGGCAAACAAGAAUACUGAAUAACCAAGGAAGCAUGCAACUCCAUAAGCCAUACUACAAAAUGCAGCAUAACUGUGGAGAAGCCAUGUUUAGACAUGAGCACUGCUCCUAAUAUCCAUAAGUUUGUUUCCUCUGAACACUAUUUUCAGAACAUCACCGCCACGUUCCAUUCUCCAACUGCCAUGCCAUACCAGACCAAAAAAAAAAAAAGCACAAGGUAUAACAGGCACAAGCUAGUAAUGAUUAUGUUGCUUUUUGCUCCAUGCUGCAAAGUAAGAUCCAGUUCCAUGGCCUCUUGCAGUCUCUUGCUUGUACCUUCUAUUCUACUUAUACCACCUAUGAAGAUGUGGGUCAAGUGCUGUGUGCAAGGCAAGCUCAUCAGUCAAGGUCCUGGGCAGCAGUUGCAUAGGUAUCAGGUUCUAGAAAGCAGCAACAUCAUAUGCUAAGCCCUGUAGCAGCCCAUGACCACACUUACCAGUGAUCAAUACCGGUACCUUUCCUAAUAAGGCAAAGUGUGGAGUGCUUAGAUAAGCAGCAUGGAAGUAAGAGCUUCAAAUAAAUAAUUGAAAGGUAUAGCACACAGCCUCAAAAUGCUACUUUUGAGAAAUGUUUCAGUGCAAAGAACACCAAACAGAAACACUGAAAUCAGUGGAAAGAGAGAAGCUGCAGCAAUGCACCACAUGCCCAAACCUAGAAGGCACAUUCUCUGCCAAGUACUGCUUAUUUUGUGCAUUAAUGUAGAUACUUCUCUUUACCGGGUUGUAAUCAUGGCCACUGCUAUACAAAUACCAGAGUACUGCUUUCCCCCUAAUAUAGCCAACUGUACUUUGUUCUUUCCAUGUGCACUGUGAAGGUUUCACAGCUAUUCAAGAUAAGCCACCAAGCCAUUUUAUAGAUUACUUAAUUACAGAUCACUACUUCAAUUUCUGAUCAAAACACAUAAACUACUUGGUUGCAUUGAUUAGUUAAACAUUAAGUCCAGAUUUGAUGUGAAGAUUUCUGAUGUAAUUUGACUUUUUUAACCAGUGAAAGCAGUUACUUAACAAGCCAGGAUUACACAAAAUGCUUGUUUCCAGAUUCAAAGUACUUCAUCUGCCUGAACUGGAACAACCCUUACUUGGAAAAAAAUACGGUAUGCCCUAUUCACUUUUCAAGACUUAACCUAGAACAGUGCAUUGUCAGUAUGCUACUUUUUGCAUUUACUUAAGAUGCCUGAUUUUGUUUCAGCUUCUGUUGUCCCAUAAGCAUAUUCUUCCCCAAGAACAUGUUUUGCCUUGGAAAUGCAGAAGCUCCAGCUGAUGUCUACAUAAACCUCUAGUACAGCAGUUCUCAAUUUUUUUUUCAUGGGCCACUUGGAAAAUGCUGUGGAGGGUGUAGGCUGAGCCAGUUACUUUUUUGUUUUAUAACUCAUACUCUAAAUAAUUGUAGUCUUUUAUUUCUAAUAAGAUGGAUAUGCCUGUUUUUUGUGAGCAAAGUUCUGUGAAGUCCAUCUCCAUCAUCAGAAAAUAUAAAGUGCAGGCCCAAGUACAGAUACUUUUGACCACUCCACAAACCACCUUAAUGGAGCCUGCAAAUGUGUUUGAUAACUUCUGCUCCAGUACUUACCACACUGGUAUCUGCUAUUGUUAUUUAGAUGGUUCAGUGGUUACUUUGGUAAGCUCUUGUUAAAUAGAAAGGAUUGACGAAGGUUCAAGCCAUCCCAACCUACUCUUAUGUAAACUGAGCUCCACUACCUAGGGUUAGGAAACAUUAUAGCAAGUCCCAAGUUAGGAACCUACUCGUGUUGUAUGGGGAGGUAAGACUGAAACUGGCCCUGGAGUCAUUCUGAAUUGCACAUUUGCUCAACCAGGUUAGUCUCCAAACCUGCAAUAUCAACAGUCCCCCAUAUGAAAAUUAUUUGCUCCUCUUCCAUCCUUCCACCAUAAACAGUAGCACACUGUGAGAUUCAUUGUCAAAUCUUGAUCUUCAGCUGCAGAAGCAACCAGGGACAUUUUUCAUUAGAGCGUGUAAAGGUGGCUGCAACCCUUUUAAAUGAACCUAGAAACUAUCAUUCAUAUUACAGGCUAGUAUGAUGGUAUGCCUUCCACAGGAUGCUCCUAUAGAUUGUUGCCUGCAACAAGAAAAUUUGAACUGGUUAUGCAACUUUGUCAGCACACCAAGAAAUGCAAAGGCUGGCAGGUAUGCUUCCUUCUGAGAAGCUAACUUUGAUUCUUCCCAAUACUUUGUUGCAAAAUUUGGAUUUCUUCUUUGUCCAAAACGACACCAUACUCUUCUUUAUUACCCGUUAGGCUAGGGCAGCUAGAAGUGCAACUGCAGCUGCUACAGCUUUUUACCCUCCCCUGCCUAAUAUUGUCCAAAAGUUACGUCUCCUCCCCCAAUUCACCAAACACCACAGCUUAGAAAUAGCCUUAAUAUAAUUCAAGGCUGCAGGGCCUUCCACUUCAGUCAGACACAAGCUGCCUCAUGCAGGGCAAAGGCAGACUCUUUAGGAACAGACAAUACCACAGAUAUGUCUACAGGAGUGUGCCGGGAAAACAAGGGGCAAUCAUUGCACCAGUCUAGCAGGGGGAGGAAAUCUCCUCAGCUCCAGCCUGUGCUCCAAGUCCUUGUAGCCUGCUGCCUCUGAACAUGCAGGAGGGAUGGACAAACAGCUCAUUCUUGAGAGGAGCAGCCUCAGCAGGUUAGUUGCAGUCAUCGUCCUAUGAGCUGGUUCAAUAGCAGCAUUAGGCAGUGGCAGGUAGCCAGCAGAUCUGUUCAUGCUCCUGUUUUGCUACAUGGCCCCUCAGUAGUCUGCUGUGUAUUCGGUACCAUGCAGUCCUCUGCACAGCAGCGUGAACUCCUUUACCAUCUCCUUCACACGGCGUUUGUUCACACGCUCUCUGGUAACACAGAAAAAGAAUGAUGUAAGGCUGAUAUAUAAGAAUGGUGAAUGAGUCACUUAAAAAAACAGCUAGAGCUGAGUCAGAUGUUCACAUAUACAAGGGCACCACCCAGUGCCAAACCCAUGGAAUCCCCAGCACUGAGAGCUGGGCACUCCAGACAUGCUCCACACAGCUACUAUAAUCAUUGCUGCCCUCCAUUAAGACAUCCUCUUUUAAACAACUCAUGUUCCUGUUCUGCAAAUUAUCGUUCACCAAUGCAUCUCAGUUCAUUGGUGGCUGGAUUAAUCUAGUGAAUCCUGCUCUUCGAGCCGUAAGAAUGCAAGAAGAGUCUGCCGGAACAAGCCAAUGGCCCAAUGCAGCAGGCUCUGUUUAUGUUCCUGUUAUAAUAAUUAUUAAAUGCUGGUGAAUUCAUGGGUGUUUACAUGGAGUAGCAGGGGCUUAAAGGAGAAACCAAAGCAACACCAAGAUAGGUAGCAUGUCUCUACAAGGAUAAAAACUCAAGUUCGUGUUUAGUUUCCGUGCUACCCUUUUCUAUUUACCUCUACUUUAUAUAAAUACCUUGAACCUUUCUGAACAUUUUAAUUUACUAAAAUAUAAAAAAUAAGCAAGCUCUUUAAUGUAGAAGAUUCUGUGGAGGACUGUUGAACCUGGGGAAAUGCUCAGUAUCUAUCAUGAUCACUCAUGACAAUUUGGAGGCAUAGACAGAAAGCUGAAGAGCCAAGAAACUCCCUUACACAUUUUCCCCAACUCAGUCUUCCAGAAAAGUCUUCAAGAGAAAAUUCACCUGAGAAUUUGCUGGCUAAAGAUUUCCUUUUGUUCAGGGCUGACACGGGCUGAUGGAAAACCAUCCUGCUGCAUCACUUCCUUGAUCCAGACACUCAAGUAACUGAAGCAGUGCUUGUUGAGAGCAAAGAGGAUCUCAGCAAAGUGAUCCAUCAAGUUGCGUGCGGCUUGGCCACCUACACCCUGCAGAUGGAGCAAAUCCAGUUAACACCAGACAAUAAUCCUCCCAGGAGACUGCACUGCAGGAGGGAGCAUUACAUUAUAGACCUAAGAAGGCUCCAGCAGAUUGCAUCAAGGGCUUCAGCAUUUUUAAAAAGGAAGUGGCCAAGGUGACACACUUGCUUGGGAGUAAGCACCACUGAACUUAGUGGAACACACUUCCAAGUAAGACACGAAAUACUAGAUCAGGCUGAAAAUCAUUCAGGGAUAUUCUGGUUAGAAGGGAGCUGAAUUAAUAAAACAUACUGGAAUAAGUGCAGCUUAUCUGUGAGCAUGGCUCCUUCCAGUUAUUCCUUCUAAUUGUCCCUGACUUAGCUUGAAAAGCCCCACUCCUUACCUCAAGCACAGCCUGCAGCAGCAUUUUGCCAUUCUCAUGUACCACUUGUCCCACCGGUGGAAUCUCCCCACAACGUGGCAAUAACUCAGU